UCUAUGCAUGGGUUUAGGUUAUGGCUGGAGUAGCAGCACCGGCAUGGAGCGCGACGCUUUGGCCUCCGCAGCCUCGAUGCAGCUCCCAGAAAUCUCUGGCCCGGUCUUGCUUCUGUGCCGCCAGCGACGAAACGACAUCGAUCCUCAAGAAUGACUUUCGGCUGAGGACCUCAAGACAGGAGGAUGACUCCGAUGUUCUAAUCGAAUGCCGCGACGUCUACAAAUCCUUUGGCGAGAAGCACAUCCUCAAAGGAGCCAGUUUCAAGGUCCGCCAUGGUGAGGCUGUGGGAAUUAUUGGACCUUCUGGAACAGGAAAGUCCACGAUUUUGAAGAUUAUGGCUGGACUUCUUGUUCCUGACAAGGGAGAAGUUUUCAUCCGAGGAGUAAGACGGGAUGGAUUAAUCAGUGACCAAGAUGUUUCCGGAUUGCGAAUAGGACUGGUUUUUCAAAGCGCAGCGCUGUUUGAUUCGCUCACAGUUCGAGAAAAUGUCGGAUUUAUGCUCUAUGAGCGGCAAAGUCUUCCCAAGGAGAGAAUCAACGAGCUAGUAAGGGACAGUUUGGCGUCAGUCGGGCUCAAGGGAGUUGAAGAAAGGUUACCAGCCGAGCUCUCUGGCGGAAUGAAAAAACGGGUGGCGUUAGCUCGCGCUAUAAUUUCAGACGAACGCGAGGAAACGAAUGAACCCGAGGUUGUCAUGUAUGACGAACCAACUGCUGGACUUGAUCCCAUUGCUUCGACUGUUGUCGAGGAUCUUAUUCGGUCAGUACACAUCAAAGGGCGUGAUGCAAGAGGAAAACCUGGACAGAUUACAUCUUACGUUGUUGUGACUCAUCAGCAUAGCACGAUACGACGCGCUGUGGACAGACUACUUUUCUUGCACGAUGGUAAAAUCGUAUGGGAAGGGGAGACUUCCAAGUUCGGUAACACUUCCAAUCCUAUAGUUCGUCAGUUCGCGGAGGGCAGCUUAAAUGGCCCAAUUCAGUAUUGAUUGGUUUCAAUCCUUCCAGAAAUAAAGUUCUGCGUCACACAUCCACGGGCAGGCUCAUUCCUGGAGGCUUCCUCACGCCACAGAGCAGCUACUUGUUCUCGGUUACCGCAGCACUGGAAGAUGGUUUCGAAGGAAAGGGAAGAAAGGAGUGGCUUUGAAAGCCUCGACUGCUGAAUGCCAGCAGACUGCCGAGACCAUUACGUUGGACAGUAGACAACUUCGUACAGACAGCGCAGAGAAAGGCAUGGUUUUAAUCAUCUCCUCGGCCUUGGACAACCGGCCAGCUUGUCCCAAGCACAGGACGCUCGGGCAUCUCCAGGAAGAGGGACAGUGCUCGGUCGACGUCCAUGCCGACAGCAUACGCUUGCAGGAGAGCGGUCCAGGGUCCAGGAGACGAUGUUCUUUCCGGCAUGCUGUCAAACACUGCUCGAGCCUCGGACAAAAGUUUGUGCUGCGAUCAUGGCUGUCAAGGAGACAACGCUGUGCUGCGGCAUUCUCGACGGCCGGAGCCGCCAAGAUGCCCGAGCACGGCCUGGUUCCCUCCACUGCCAUUGACACUGAGUCUGCCGCGGAGGAAUGUAGUUUCCUCGAACACGAUGAUCGACGCAGCAGCGGCGGCGGCGGCAACACCCAGUGACGCUCGAGAGUUUUCGAAGGUAAACAUGGGUUCCUCCAAGAGCUUUCGUGGAGUGGGGUCUUCUGCCAUCGGCAAAGAUUCAAACAAGGUACCGUGAAUGGGCAUAUGCCACCAAUCCUUCCAAACCCUUCAUGUUAUUUGUUUCA